GCAUUUAUUACUAGUGACCAGUGAAGUGAGUACUAACCUCACAAAACACAUUGAAAUUAGUAUCAUCCCCACACUACCACCCACCACCUUUUGGCCUUUCUUCCCUCAAAUCACCACCACACUCUACCUCACAUUUCCAAUGGCUGCAGCCUUAGAGUGUUGGCCAACUCGCACCACAACCACCAUGACUGAUGAAGACACGGUUGAACAACAACAAGUCCUCAUGAAAACUCACCACAGAUCAGAAGCUACUUCUUCUUCUUCUUCUCUUUCUCUUGCUUCCAAAGACUCUUCCAUUCUCAUACACAAGAACAAGUUUCACAAACUUGGUCGUAAUCUUUCUGAUGCAAUCACAUCUUUCAAAAACACACUCAACCUUAAUAAUACUAACAAUCCUGAGUCUCCUCCUUCUUCUAAGAAACUUGCUUGGGCUUCUGUUCUUCGUAAUCUUACUCAACUCUACCCUGGAACUCAGCUUCCUGAUAAUCUUAUCUCCACCAUUCGUAAUCAUUACAAUUCUCUUCCUCUCAGUUAUGCACAGGCUGAAUUUGAUAUGAAGGAUGUGUUUCUUCACAUCAAGUUGAUGGAACAGGCAUUGGAAAGUGAUCAGCCUGCGAUUUUGAUUCAACAAGAGUGUGGUGGUCGUGAUGGUGAGGUUCAGGCUCAGGGGUCUGUUUUGAAGCUCAAUUUUGCUUGCAACGCGCUCAUUUCAUGGCCUGCAAUGUCGGUUGCGUUGGAUAGUUUCUCCAUUUGUAGCAAGAGGGCACAGAUCUUUGAGAAGAAAGGUUUCACCUUAGGGGUUGUUCUUCUUGUUGUUAGGACCGGGCAUGAAAAAUUGGUCAAGACCCGAGUUGAGAAUGCUUUGAAGUUUGCGAUAAAGAAGCCCAAAACGGGUUCUGUGAAUGUGAAGCUUUCAUUUGGACUUUGUGGGUGUCAGGAAGAGAGUUUCAAGGGGAGAGAAUUAGGGGAGAUUGGAGAAGAUAGUGGUAGUGGAAAGGAGUUUGAGAAUUCUAGCCAAAAGAUUCAGCUUCAGAUGCCUUUGCCUACCUCAUCUUUCACUGUAUCGGUCGAUGAAUGGCAGACGAUAAAGUCGGGUGGUGAUGAGAUUGAGAAAUGGUUGUUGAAUGCUGAUUAUGUUGAGUUUACAGAACAGAUUGGACCUACUUCUUAUAAAGGGAUCUACAUGGGGAAAAGGGUUGGAAUCGAGAAGCUGAAAGGGUGUGAAAAAGGAAAUGCUUACGAGUUCGAGCUCCACAAAGAUCUUCUGGAACUAAUGACAUGUGGCCAUAGAAACAUUCUGCAGUUCUGUGGCAUAUGUGUGGAUGAUAACCAUGGAUUAUGCGUGGUGACUAAGUUCAUGGUAGGUAAGUCUGUGCAUGACUUAAUGUUAAAGAACAAGAAGCUUCAGAGUAAGGAUAUUGUUAGAAUCGCGGUUGAUGUAGCCGAGGGGAUCAAGUUUAUGAAUGAUCAUGGUGUUGCAUACAGAGAUCUUAAUACGCAGAGGAUUCUGUUAGAUAGGCAUGGGAAUGCUUGUUUGGGAAAUAUGGGUGUAGUCACUGCCUGCAAGAGUGUCGGAGAAGCAAUGGAGUAUGAAACUGAUGGUUAUAGAUGGCUAGCUCCUGAGAUAAUUGCAGGAGACCCUGAAAGCGUGACAGAGACAUCGAUGAGCAACGUUUAUAGUUAUGGCAUGGUAAUUUGGGAGAUGGUUAGUGGUGAGGCAGCAUAUUCUGCACUUUCUCCUGUGCAGGCAGCAGUUGGCAUUGCAGCCUGUGGCCUUAGACCUGAAGUUCCCAAGGACUGCCAACCAAAUCUAAAAUACAUUAUGACAAAAUGCUGGAACAAUACCCCUUCCAAACGUCCUCAAUUCUCCGAUAUUUUAGCCAUAUUGCUGCAACCAUACAACAAAAGUAGGUAACUUUAUAUGUAUACAGCCUUUGAUGAACCUAAAAUAUUGAAAGAAAAUUGUAAAGGUAACAUAUAGAAAUGAGUUUGUCGUGUUUAUAUAGCAGUUAUGAAGAUAUAUAAUUUUUCAACUUUUAGCUUAGGGAGUUGUCAUUAGUUGAGGUUAAGGAUCAGAGAGUAACCAUCACUUUUUCCAAUGGGUGGGGGUUAGAUUCCUAUUGAGGCCACUAAAAUUCCUUUUGUUGUUUAUGACUCGUAUUUACUGAUAAAUGAACGGUCACUCGAGUAUAGGAGUACACAUGUAAA